CGAGCGUCACGCUUGCAUAUCAUUGUCGCGCGCGUGCUUCGCUCUCGAGAGAAACAGUAACACGCGAUGGAAGGAUCAGCCCGUUAGGGCGCAUCGUGGUAAAAAGAAAAAAGAAAAAAAAAUAAAAGAGGAAGAAAGGGAAGCGAAAAAAAUUGGAAACCACCGAACGUGAUUGCGCGUCAACGAUAUAUCCGUUUGUUCGUGAUUAAUCGUGCUCGCGAUAAAAGCGCCGGACGGUGUGACGUUGAGAAUUUAUUCUCGGUUGAAUAUCUCCGCCUGUGUAUUAAAAAAGCAGGUUGUGUUCGACGGCGCGCUACGCGAGGGGCAGCGUGUGUAUGCGUGCAUGCGCGCGCGUUAAUAUAUACGCAACACAGGCGUCUCUCGACGCAAUAAAUAUAUAUAUAUAUAUAUAUACAUAUAUAUAUCUGCGAGAAACGGACGAGUGGCCAACAAACUGUGGCGCGUUGAUGGUAGAGCGAGUUGGUGGCGAAACGACGACGACGACGACGACGACGACGAGGAGGAAGAGGAGGACGAGGAGGACCACCACUAGGACGCGGUGUGCAACGGCACACGCGUGGUGAGGUCUGUGAACCGGAAAAGCGAGAAAGAGAGGAAAAGAGAGAGAGAGAGAAAGAAAAAAGGAGACUGUGCGAGAUUGUUCGAGAAACAUCGACUUGGCGAUUGCUCGGGGCCCAGUACGGCGUGCGCGGACCCCUGCGUGUUCCGCCAAGGUUAAACGAAGACAAGACUAUCCUGUCGUCGUGAUGUGGAAUGCCUCGCUAAAAUGGCGGUGAUCGCCACCGUCGUCGACCGAUAGAACAAGGAAGAAACGAGAGAGAGAACGAGCAGCGGCUUUCCGCGACUGUGGCGCUUGUUUUGCGCGGUUUUGUUUUGGCGCACGAUUGGUGCCGCGAGAGUUCACGCAAGCCCAUCCGGGAGUCCCCGGCUAUCAAAGCCCUUCAUUUCGCGCAACCCACUCGUUCCCCCCCCCCCCUUUACCCUCGAUCGCCGGUCCCCCCUUCACGAUCCCUCGGUCUUGGUUCCCCUUUGUCACCCUCCCCGCCAUCCCGUUUUCAUCAUCCGAGUUCGUGGCUCUCCUCGUCCGUUUUGUUUCUCUCGGGUUCUUGCCGUCUUUGUCGCGAGAACCGAACCGCGGUUAUCAACGUGUGAGACAGGCGAGAAGAUUUGCCUCUCCCGUCCCCCCUCGACUGUGGUGUAUGCGUUUGAUGACAAAAAGGCUGACGAGAGAAUCGUGUGCGCAACCAACAGCUCCGAUAAGUGAUUCCGGAUUCGCGGGGUUUGAUGCGACCGCGAUGCCCGUGUUGCAUCGCCACGCUCUUGACGUGAAGAAGCGCCUUGGACGGAACUCGAGCGCGACGUACGAAGAAGCGAGGAGUAAUAGUGGUGUUGCUGCUGCUGCUGCUGCUGCGGCGUUAUCACGAAGAAACGUCGAGGGCACGAAAGUACGACGGCUCAUCGCCAGACUUUAAAAAUUUGGGAAGAAAAUUAUAUAUUAAAAACUCAUCAAAAUGAAAAUUGAUCGAAGCAGACUCAAAAAAUCCAGUUCUGAAGUGCCUCCGGAAUGUCAGGCACUUAUAAGCAAACUAAGCUCUUGCUCACAUGCGGAACUGCUAGAAGAACUAAAGCAAAUAGAUGCAUGGACUUUUGGCAAAUGCGAAUUGUUGCAUUGGAUCGAUGUCUUGGAUCUUAGUGACAGUAUUCUAGAAGAAGCUGCCGCAAGGAGCCCUGAUAAUCCAUGGGAAUUAGCAUGUGAUCUUCCUCAAAAUAGAGAGGCGAAAGAACUGCUUCUCCUGGUUCUCCAGUUUACGACAAUGUUGAUCGAGCACUCAUUUUCACGGCAUUUGUACAACAGCAUGGAACACUUGGUUACUUUAUUAUCAAGCUGUGACAUGAAUGUAGUUCUCGGUGUAUUAAAUCUUCUGUACAUGUUUAGUAAACGUAGUAAUUUUAUUACACGUCUAAAUAGUGACAAACGGCAAGCUCUACUCAGCAGGCUUAAUCAUCUAGCAGAGAGUUGGGGAGGAAAGGAAAACGGUUUCGGUUUAGCAGAUUGCUGCAAGGAAUUUCCCGAAAAGGUAAAUCCGUUUCCAACAAGUGCUACAACACUGCAUUUUGAAUUUUAUGCCGAAAAUCCGAUUGUAUCCGAACCAUCCGCAACCGGUUCUGCAUCUAGUACAAAAAAAGUUGGUCAAACGAAUCUUGUAACAUAUAUACAUAUAGAAAAUGUUGAUAAACUUGGAAAAACCCCAGCGCAGAUUAUGAAUGAUCUGUUGAAAGUCUAUAACGUACCCCAGGAACGACAGAUGGCUCUAUUGACGCAUAUAAGGUUAGCGCAUAGUUUCUCGGAUUACCGAAAACGAUUGCAAUUCGUACAAGCUCGGCUUCAAGCAUUAUCCGUGCUUGUAUACAGCAAUGCGCUGCAAGAAAAUGCACACAGUCUUCUUCAUGCUGGACUUCUCGAAGAACUGGUCGAGUUGUUGGAACUUCCAUACGUACAUCUUGUUGAGAUUCGUGCGGCAGCAUUACGUACUCUCACGAGUAUUAUACACUUAGAUCGUAAUCCACAUUUUCCUAAAAAACCUGGCUCGAGAUUAAACAUGAUAAUUGAUGUCACCGGAGCCAGUUCGUAUCACGGAUUCUUACCCGUUUUGGUUCGUACUUGUAUAACAACGUUGACCUCGCCACAACCGGGUGGACAACCGUUUCCCUUGCCACUGGCAACAGCUUUAUUUAGCUUUCUUUAUCAUCUUGCGAGCUACGAGGCAGGUGGGGAAGCUCUCGUCAGUUGUGGCAUGAUGGAAAGUCUCUUAAAAGUUAUCAACUGGCCAGGCAGUGAAUUGGACCAUAUAACGUUUGUAACAAGAGCAGUACGUGUCAUAGAUUUGAUAACAAACAUAGAUAUGCAAGGUUUUCAAACUCACAAUGGCUUGGCAAGCUUUAUCAAUCGUUUAGAUAUGGAAGUUAAUGUAUGUAGAAAAGAACAACCGUUUGAAAUAGAACCGCUGUUGUAUCAAGAUGCUCCGCAAACCUCGCGCGAAAGAUCGGUAGAUAGAGAGGAAGCAUCUUCCGCUUCACGACGUGAACCCGAGGCUUUUGACGAGCGGGAAGAAACAUCCAAUCCUAUGGAAAUAUCAGAAGACGAAAACACUAGUUCCAAAGCAGACGAGAAAAGCGAGCAGCAACCAGAUUAUUCUGCCGCUAACACAGGCAAAACAUGUUUGCCGCAACGUGCCGCUCUUCUCAAGUCUAUGUUAAAUUUCCUCAAAAAAGCUAUUCAAGAUCCAGCAUUUUCUGACAGUAUAAGACAUGUUAUGGAAGGUACAUUGCCAUCUUCCUUGAAACAUCUUAUUAGCAACUCGGAAUAUUACGGCCCUUCGUUAUUCUUACUCGCUACCGAUGUCGUAACCGUGUACGUUUUCCAAGAACCGUCAUUAUUAUCGUCUCUGCAAGACAACGGCUUGACUGAUGUUGUGCUUCACGCUUUACUUAUAAAAGAAGUUCCUGCCACUAGAGAAGUAUUAGGUUCUUUACCUAAUGUGUUCAGUGCACUAUGUCUAAAUCAACGUGGUCUUGAAUCAUUUGUAAAACGACGACCAUUUGAACGCUUGUUCAAAGUACUUCUCUCACCUGCUUAUCUCUUAGCAAUGCGACGACGGCGAAGUACCGAUGCACUAGGUGACACAGCUUCGAAUUUAGGUAAUGCUAUGGAUGAGCUAAUGAGGCAUCAACCGAGCUUGAAAACAGACGCCAUUGCGGCUAUUAUCAAGUUACUCGAAGAGUUGUGUGUACUCGGCUGCGAUCCGCGAUACAUAUGUUACCGUGCCGCUAGUAAAUCUGAAAGUUCACCUUCAAAUACCACUUCUGGAAAUCGUCAAUCGUCCGGUCAGUCAGUCGGCGUCGGAGUUGGAGAUUCCGGUGGUAGCGGUGGCGGAGGCGGCGGAAGUAGCAGUGACGAAGAGGAAGAAGAUGAAGAGGAAGCUAGCACGAGUUCGCAUCCGCAACGAGAAGAGCAACCUACUUUAUCACCCGCACAACCUGGACCGCCACCUCAACCAAGAGAAAAAACUCCCAUUGCUUUAGUCGAAUACAUACACAAUGUCAUGAAAUUCGUAGACGCUAUACUGAGCAACAACUCGACUGAUGAUCACUGUAGAGAAUUUGUUGCCCAAAAAGGACUCGUUCCACUUCUUUCGAUUCUGGGUCUACCAAAUUUACCUGUCGACUAUCCUGUUGCACAGGCUGCCCAAUCCGUGGCAUCAGUAUGCAAAAGUAUCUUGAACCUUGCACACGAACAAUCGGUACUCAAGACAGGUCUGUCUCAGUUGAACGAAGUCUUAAAUUUGCUGAAACCGCUUCACAGUCACAUGGAAUCUCCCGGCGGUUCUGUUUUAUUGCACGAACUUGCGUCAGCACCCAAUCUUGAAACGGCAUUCACAAGUGACAAUGCGACACCUUUGUUGCAUGCCAUGAAUGCGGCUCACGGAUACGUAGUUAUGUUUGUUCAUGUUUGUCGCACCAGUCAGAGUGACAUUCGAAAUCUUUCCAUAAAUCAUUGGGGUUCUGAGUUGGGCUUGACCGUUCUCAAAGGAUUAUCUGAGUUAUAUAUGUCUCUUGUUUGGGAAAGUACAUUGUUACUCGCAUUAUGUAGUGAGGAUAUUAUCCCGGCCGGGUGUGAUUUCGGUAAAGAAGACAUGGACAAGCUGAUGCCACCUGAGUUGAAAACCGAAGGUGAGGCUUCCUCGUCUUGGUCUGGUACCAUACCGUCGGAUAUGGGAAGUAAUGGGAUGACCACGGCUAUGGAAGCUCUCAGCACGGAUCCGCCACCCGUGCCCAUGGAAGUAGACGACAAGAGCGCUACCACCGAAAAACCAAACAGCUAUCAAUUGAAAUACAUUAAACCACUGCUCGGUGCAUCCUCAAGACUUGGCAGAGCACUUUCUGAAUUGUUUGGUUUACUUGUAAAACUUUGCAUGGGUUCUCCGGUGAGACAACGCAGAGGACAACAAAUGCCCUUGACUCCCACGGUUCCCUCUCAGGCAGCCAGAAGUGUUGCAACCGCUCUAAACUGCUUGCUAACGCGUGGCUUGUCAUGGGACAAAUUGCCACCAUCGCCUAUUCCGAAAUUUAAACUAACUUUCUUAAUAUGUUCAGUAGGAUUUACUUCGCCUAUGCUUUUCGACGAAAAGAGAUUUCCUUAUCACUUAAUGCUUCAGAAAUUUGUUAAACUGAACGGUCAGAAUGCAUUUUUCUCCACUUUUCACUGGGCAUUAUCAGGCGGAGGUCAGUUUCCAUUAUCGGAAGGACUGGAGCAUCCGAAUCUACCGGACGGAACUGGCGAGUUCUUGGACGCAUGGUUGAUGUUACUUGAGAAAAUGGUAAAUCCUAAGGCUAUCUUGGAUUCGCCCCAUGUAAUAUCGACAAAGUGCACGGGAAUAUACAAGGUGUACGAAACGUUCGAUCCAAUAAAAUAUCUCGUGGAUAUUCAUAAAAAAGCCUUCGAAGCGGUAAUGCUGCUAUGGGGUAAAAAACCACUUAAAAACUACGGAAGUCGUAUGACGGAAUCUAUCUUAUCGAUUUUACGACAUAUUCUACGUGGCGAGAAAAUCAUCAAGGAGCGUCUCGAGAAGGAGGAAAGCGGAGAUGGUGCGACCGCCAGCGGCAGUGGCUCGAGCGGUGUUGGCAGAAGCGCUGGAACUGAUCGUAGGGAUGAAACGGAAGCCGAUGUAAAUCCUGAAUAUUUGAGACAACUUAUGGAUAUGGGAUUCAGUCGCGCACACUGCAUAGAAGCGUUAUUACACACGUUGACUGUAGAACAGGCGACUGAUUAUCUCCUCACAAAUCCCGCUACUCUACGCAGACCCGACGCUCCUGUGAGCGAUGUCGGUGGGCAAGGUUUGAUUAUGGAUCUGGAAUUAGCGGACGACGAUCAAAUAAUGCACGCGAUCGCGAUGUCGCUCGACAACACUGAACCGCACAAGGAUGACGUUUCUCGCGAAAUCACAAUCACUGAAAGCAUAAACCAGUUCACCCAAAACGCGCUACCGCAGUGUCUCAAUCUGUUGGACAUUAUGCCAGAAACGGUGUAUAGAAUCUGUGAUCUUGUUGUGACGAUCUCGAAGAGAAACGGUGACGAAUGGCGUGACGAUAUGUUACGGCAAUUGAUACGCGAGGUUGGCCGUCUGGUGGAUUAUUUGAUCAACGUCGCCGAGAGCCAGGACGAGAAUGCCGGCUCGCGGUUGGUAGAGUGCGAAGAGGCAAAUAAACUUGCCGGACGUCUUUAUCUCUACACACUAUUUUUUGAAGGCUCGUUCCAGGAGAUGCGUGUUCCAUGUUCUCAAAUAGUAGAAGAGUGCGUGAUUUUAGACAAACUCGUGCGUUUGUUGGUAGUGAGCGAAGCUCCGCUUACCGCCAACAAGAAUAAAAUCACGAAAGAAAGCAAGGACAAUUCGGUUGCGCCAAGUGUGAAAACGCCAAAGUGGUUGGCGCCGUUGUUACUGAUCAUUGAUCGUCUGGAGAAGGUGGCCACUCUCACAAAACGCAAGCAAAUGAUGCACAAGGUCACGACCAGAGCGUGGAAGUGGUUCGACUUGAGUACUGGCAAGUGGACGCUUUAUUCACCUAUGAACAACAGGACUAUCAACGAAGCGUAUUGGGCCGGUGAAUCUAGUGUCAGAAUAUCGUGCAGUCGGCGCCGCUAUCUUAUUACUUUUUCUUGUAUGACGCAAUUGAAUGAAGAUAGCGAUAAUCGACGUCCGAUCACUAUGGGUUUCAAGUUGAACACGGACAAGGAAGACGGCGGCUCUGGUUCUGACUCGAAUAUGGACACCGAUGAGAGUCCAUUGGAAGAGAAACGAAAUACAGUUGUUCAAGGAUUGGAUCCCAGUAUAGCGCCGAGUAUUGUACGCGCUUGUGUGAAGUUGCUGGCGAUACCGGUGGAACGGGACACUUUGAACGCUCUGUUGAAAUUGUGUUUGCGACUAACGAGAGACUACAAAAAUGCGGAAGUCUUCGCACGCGAGGGCGGUGUUAAGUUGCUUCUCGAUAUGACGCAAAUAUGCAGUUUUACUGGCUGUAUCAAUCUCUGCACGUUACUGAUACGACAUACACUCGAGGAACCACGCACACUUCGUCUCGCUAUGGAGAAGGUUAUUCGUGCGCGCACACAAAGCAAUAUACCUCCUGCGUACAAAGAAAUACUUUUCAUGACGCGGCAGAUUAGCAGCGCUGUUUGCCGAAAUCCAGAAGUGUACAGAGAAGUCUGCGAGAAUAUUCUUCGAGUUGACAUAAGUUGUUUAAAAAAAGAUGACGUUGACAACAGACUAGUCGUCAAAGCCUUACCUCCUAAUCAUUCGCCAGCGUUACCAAUGGUGGAAGAAGUAUCCAUAGGUGUUAUACGCGAUCUGUUGAAUGCGUUAAUUAAACCGAUGCCAGUCUCACAGGACGACGGGUCGGCGACUCCCACGAGCCCUGAAAAGAAAUCGUCACACGCGACAACCUCGGGAAUAGGUAGUACUUCAUCGUCAACCUCCGGGAUGGGCAGUGCUUCGUCGUCGACGUCGUCUUCACGACGAGAUGUACUGAGAAACAAUGCAACGACCACCAACGAACCCUUAGACGACGACGAUCAAGUGUCCCAGAUCAUUCCUCUAAAGAUUUACACUGAUAUCAGUAAUAACAGCAAGGUAGAACCGGAAGAAGCGAAGAAACCCAUUUUGACCAAGUCCGCAAUAUUAAAAAUAUUAGCCGAAGCAGUCAGAUCUUACGGCGCUGUCGCUAGUCUCAUCACUGAACACACGUACAGAGCUGGGCAGAGUGAGAUGGUGACCGAGGAUACAACAGCUUUGGCGUUCUUGCUCGACAAACUUUUGCCAAUGUCGCCUGAAAAUUCGGGCGAUCGAACGUGCAGCAGUAUGGCAAGAAUGUUGAUCGCCGCCAUAGCUUCGUGCACUCAUUCGCCGGAUGUGCAAACCACUUUGGUGACCGAGGUGAAGGCGGCUUUGACAAGAACACUCGCACUUCCAGAAAGUUCCGAAAAACACGCUCAGCUUCAGUUGCUGAUCGGAUUGAUCUCUACCAUGAUCGACAGCUGUCCUCCCAAUAUAUCGCAUACUCAACUGAGAGCCUCUCUGAGGGCUCAUCAAUACAACAAUGUCAAUUACAUCGUCAGAAUAAUGCUGCGGAAAGGUAUAAUCACCGAUUUGGCCAAGAUUCCGCACAGUCUCGAUUUGUCGAGUCCAAAUAUGGCUGGUACAAUUAAUGCCGCUUUAAAACCAUUGGAAACUUUAUCGCGUAUUAUUAAUCAGCCGAUGCCGGGCGCGGUAAAUAAUAAGUUCACGAAGCCGAAGAACAGAACUGUUCAGGAAGAACCGAUCGGAGAGCAAACAGGUACCACAACCUCCGAAGCGACACACGCCGUGGGCGAAGAGGCCAACGAGGACGCGGAGAAUACUGAGCAUGACAUCUCCGUGACUGCGGAAAGCUUGGAACCUACCUCGGAGAGUCAAGCGCAUGAAGAAGGCGACGAGGCAGCGGCACUAGAGGAUAUCAUGGAUCAGCUGCUUGAAAGUGUACUGUUUUCCAGGGACGGUUCCGUCGUGGCGGAAGAACCGUCUUCUCGCCCGCACAGACCAAUGGACAUUGAUGACGAAAGUCUCGCAAUGCGUGAUGCAGAAGGCGAUUUCGAUCCGACUCGAGAUACCACAGUAAGAGAGGACUUGAUGAGUUCCGACUCGGAUUCCGAUAGCAAUCCAUCCGAUGAUAAUGAAGACGAGGUGCAGGAUGAUGAGGACGAGGAGGAGGAAGAGGAAGAUGACGGUGAAGAGAACGAAGAGGAGGAAGAGGAGGAGGAAGAAGGAUCUUCUAAUUACGAAGAGGAUGGAAUAGAUAUUUACCGUGAGGCCGUGGAACACGGCGUUGUUCGUAUGUUUCCUUCUGAGCGCGAUGAUGGCAAUGUUGUGAUGAUACAGCACAACAUUGACAAUCAAGACAUCGCGAAUACGUCAACGCCAGUUAACACGCGACCUAGUCUUCCAUGGAAUACGACAUUCCCACUGCCGUUAGGCUUGUUUGAAGAACCUCCUACAGGUUCGGAGAAUAAUGGUAUCAGUACUCAUCCGUUGUUGAUAUCGCAAGGAAGUUUGGAUACUGCAAGCACUAGAACUCAGCGACAACAUGCUCUACGACAACGUGCUCAACGAUAUCAAUACCUUCAGUUGUCCAACCCACGUAGUUCAAAUCCACCUGUAAUAUUACAAAGACUCUUGGGUCCGGCCGCGCAAACUUUGUCCGCCAGUCAAGUCUUAGCGUCGAGCUUCAGAGAUACGCGUGUUGUCGUGAUGGAUAAUGGAUUGGGAAUAUUCACUCACACUAAUCAAGAGGAGGAACAAAUUGAUUACGUCGAUCAAUCCGGUUAUCUCUUUGGACCAAGCCUUGCUGCAACUUUGAACAACAUACCCACUGCGUUGCAUUGGUGGAUCGAAGAAAGCAAGCAAUUAGAUGGGGACUCUCAACCAGACUGUUGCGUCUGUGUUGUCCACAAACUGAUUCCCGAAUUGGAAAAACACAGAAACGCCGAGCUUGCCGAGCGCAAGGAGAAACGUAAAAAACAACAUGGCUCGGAAAAAGAAGCUGAAAAGGAUAAUAAAGAAGAAAAGGAACGUACAAAUAAUGCCGAAUCCGAAUCGCAUAGUUUAACACAAAUGGAGCAAGAUGAGCAGAGACCGUCCGCUUCCACAUCGCAAAGAACUGACGUUCCUCCGCUCGUGGCCGCUCUUCUCGGAGAUGGAACUGCCGUGGAUACCACUAGGCAAGAGCGCACACCAGAAGAAGACAUAAUCGAUGUAACAGGUGAAAUGGAAGUGACAGUACAAGAGGACGAGGAGCGACCGCCUCCUCCGCCGCCGGAAGAACAAUCCACUUCCGACAGCAGAGAUCCUCGCACCGCAAAUCGAAGUUCUACAUUAGAACUGGCAGAAAGUAUUGUUGACUCUGUGCUGGCACCGUGCACAUCCGAAGCAACUAUUAGACUAAACCUAAAUGAGUCUAACGACACCGCACCUACACAUCUUGUUCCAUCGGUGCAGCCUGGACAAAGCAAUACCGAAACAACAACUCCUGCCGAGUCAUCGUCCAAUCACACUUCUACCGCGCCAAUAGUGGUAGACUUCGGUCAGGAAACUAGCGAGGACUUGUCAAGAGAGAGCAGCGAUUCGGCCGAUUGGAUUCGCAGGCUCUUACGGGAUGACGCUCAGUGUUUAACAUUGAGCGAUAUCGAUCUGCGACGUGGUGAGCGAAAUGCAAAUGUUGUUAGUCAAGAUCCAACGUCCUCGACAUCCGAAGCAAGCGUCACAGCGAGCACGUCCGAACAAUCGUCGCAACAAACUUCUCAACAACAGCAGUCGCAACAACAGUCCAUCGGUCAAGAACAGCAGCUACCGGACGGUGUUGAUCCGUCAUUCUUAGCUGCCUUACCCGAGGAUAUGCGCGACGAAGUGAUUGCUGAACAGCUCAGACUUCAACGAAUGCGGCAGCGCGCACAAACUUCGGUAGUCGAGGAACUCAGUGGGCCAGUUGAGGUAAAUCCUGAGUUCUUGGCUGCUUUACCACCCGCUAUACAAGAGGAGGUUUUGGCGCAGCAACGCAUGGAACAGCAACGACACGCCGCUGCAUCGGCCAAUCCGGAAGAUCCUGUGGAUGCAGUCGCGUUCUUCCAAAAUAUGCCACCUUCUCUUCGACAAGCUAUCUUGACCGAUAUGGAAGAGUCUCAGAUAUCCGUUUUGCCACCGGAAUUAGCUCAAGAAGCUCAAAACUUGAGAAGAGAAUGGGAAGCACGUAAUCGGCACAUGAUGCAAGAAAGAUUCCUGAACCACGUUAGUCAAAGUAACACGGCUCUUUCGAGCAUAUUACGAAAUUCUGGCAGAGCGCGUGGUGGCGGUACUCGUUAUGCUAUUCACGCAGUACCACAGAGAUCGCAGUGGAGUUCAUGGAAUAGUCGUGGCGACACGAACAUUGCGCAUCAAGGUGCUGGUCUACGAUUACGAGGACGCCAAUUACUUGACCAUGAAUCAAUGGCAUGCCUGCUAGUUUUGUUAUUCGUUGACGAGCCUAAAAUUAACACGCUUAGGCUUCAUCGAGUAAUAAGAAAUCUCUGUUAUCACGGCAGCACGAGAGAAUGGGUGGUUAAGGCAUUGCUAAGCAUUAUGGAGAGAAGCAACGACGAAAACAAGGAUAUAACAGAUUUCAGUGGGAAAUUUAAAAGGAAGGGACUGUUAAAUUCUCCUAUGGAUUUGUGUUUUCCAAAGAUUUUUGACCAAAGAAGCAACACACAAUCGUGGCUAAAUAUUAGUAUUGACGCUGCGCUCGGUUGUAGAGCUAAUGUGUUCCACAUAAUACGUCAUGCCGGAAAGAAAUCUGAAAGGCAGGGCAAUAUUAUCGCGAUUCAUCCGCAAGCAGCACCUACUGUUUGCAGACAUACUUUAGACUUGUUGAUAUCACUAGCUAAGAGUUUUCCUGGAUAUUUUGUGCCAAUAAAAUCUAAGGACUCGGACGAUAAGGAUAGCAACAAGGAUAAGGAUUUGAAUAGUAGCAGAGAAGAGGGCGGUGCGAAGAACAAAUCGACAUCUAAGGUGGGAAAGAGCGAUCUUCCAGAUUUCUGGGACUUGCUUCUUAAACUUGACUCGUGUGCGUCCAAGAAAGGAAAGUCGGUCGCGAGGACCCAUUCGAGUACGAAUCUGGGAAGCGAGCCGGAACACGGCACAACGACAUUCGAAGCUUCCGCAUUUGGCCAACUUAUCUCGAUGCUCAACUGGUCCGUGAUCAAACGAAGUAGUCAACUAACUGACAAGCUGCUGAGAUUAUUGUCCCUGAUCUCCAUCGGCCUGACAGAAGUUAAUCCUUACCGGCGACAGGAAGGAAGCGCAAAGAACAAAAAGACGGAAGUUAGUAAGGAACAAAGUGUUGCGUCGCCGGAAGGACAUCUCAAACUUGCCGUUCAAGUGUUAACUAGUAAGAGCUGUUCCGAGGAAGGACUCGAGGAUGCGACAGCGCUGCUACUCAACUUGUCUCAUUGCCCUGAUCCCACCAGACAACUUAUAUUAAAAUUGCUUCUGGAAGGAGCAAUGGAAUUGGCGAAUAUGGUAUGCGAACAUAUCAAGGAUUUGAUGAUAGAACUGAAGAUUCUGAAUCGCGAAUUACACCGAAGAAAUUCUCUGGAGGAACAGCCAUCAACCAGCAGCGGAAACGGACGAGGAAUUCUAUUGGACAGAUUCACGAACGAGAAUGUGGUUGUCACAGCACCGAGUAAAGUAAAAGCCGGAAGUGACCUUCAAUUACCAUCAAUGGCUGCACUUGUCAGUAAAACCUCUAGUCAGGCAUUCUUCUUGAGAAUACUUAAAGUUAUUGUGCAAAUAAGAGAGGCUGUACGUUUAGCAAACAGCAAGAAAACAGCUAAUCAAACAUCAGAGACAACUAUGGAUAUAGCCACAACAAAUAAUGUACAAGAGACAGCCGCCGAUAACGCGGAUGCCGAUGUUCCUAUGGAUACUUCACAAGCAAAUACUUCGUCUAAUGUUGAUAAUUCAAAGACGUCCUCUUCUCGUAAUGAUGAGGACAAAGCUGCACUUCCACUGCUGAGUGAAAGUUUAGUGCUAGAUAACUUAUGGGAAACUCUUAGUUUUUGUUUGCUCGAAUUAGAAUACACUCCUGAUCAUCAUGCCGUCCUUGUUUUGCAGCCUGCGGUAGAAGCGUUCUUCUUAGUGCACUCUUCGUCAAGUACAUCUCGAGAUCGUGACAAUCGCGUUAACACGACUAGCGAGAAUCGAGAGAUCGUGCCAGAUUCACCAGUUUCUCCAAUAUACUCGGACAAUGACGCUACAUCACAAUCGGAAGCGCCUCCCAACGCUUCUUGGGAUAUGACUCCCGUUCCACAGAAAACAUUGCCACCAGAUCAAUUAAAGUUCCUCAAAUUUGCCGAAACGCACAGAACUGUAUUGAAUCAAAUUCUACGGCAAACGACGACUCACUUAGCGGAUGGACCAUUUUCCGUAUUAGUGGAUCACACGAGGGUGUUGGACUUCGAUGUAAAGAGACGUUACUUCAGAACGGAAUUGGAACGAAUGGAUGAGGGUAUACGUAGAGAAGAACUGGCGGUCCACGUGCGUAGAAGUCACGUUUUCGAAGACUCGUUCAGAGAGCUUCAUCGAAGAAACGCCGACGAGUGGAAAAAUCGCUUUUACAUCGUAUUCGAAGGCGAAGAGGGCCAAGACGCUGGAGGUUUGCUGAGAGAAUGGUAUGUCAUUAUCUCGAGGGAAAUCUUCAAUCCGAUGUACGCCCUGUUCACAGUCAGUCCUGGCGAUCGAGUGACAUACAUGAUAAAUUCGUCCUCGCACUGCAAUCCCAAUCAUUUGUGUUAUUACAAAUUCGUAGGUCGAGUAAUUGCUAAGGCUAUUUACGAUAAUAAAUUGUUAGAAUGCUACUUCACGCGUAGUUUUUAUAAGCAUAUACUUGGCAUACUUGUGAAACAUACUGAUAUGGAAAGCGAGGAUUAUAGUUUUUACAAAGGACUUGUUUAUCUUACUGAACACAACAUUUCUGAUCUGGGAUAUGAGUUAACAUUUUCCACGGAGGUGAACGAAUUUGGUGUCAAUGACGUGAGAGAUUUAAUACCAAAUGGACGUAAUAUAGUUGUUACAGAAGAAACCAAACUCGAAUAUAUUAGGCUCGUGUGUCAAAUGAAGAUGACUGGAGCAAUUCGUAAACAAUUAAACGCAUUCUUGGAAGGUUUUUAUGAUAUUAUACCCAAACGACUGAUCUCCAUAUUUAACGAACAAGAACUUGAGCUAUUGAUCAGCGGCUUGCCUAAUGUAGAUAUCGAAGAUCUUAAAGCGAACACCGAGUAUCAUAAAUACACUGCUACGUCUUUGCAAAUUCAGUGGUUCUGGCGUGCGUUACGUGGUUUCGAUCAAGCAGAUCGUGCGAAGUUCUUGCAGUUCGUUACCGGUACGUCUAAGGUGCCGCUGCAAGGUUUCGCUGCGUUAGAAGGAAUGAACGGUGUACAAAAGUUUCAAAUUCACAGAGAGGACAGAUCAACAGACAGACUUCCGUCUGCUCACACUUGCUUCAAUCAAUUGGACUUACCGGUAUAUGAGACGUACGAUAAACUGCGUACAAAUCUACUCAAAGCGAUUCACGAGUGCAGUGAAGGAUUCGGAUUCGCAUAAGCUUUUAUUGGAAUGCUGUUGUAUAUUGUAGCAGUUCAUCGUAUAAGUGUUGUCCUGCCUGUUCAGAGAUUAAACGUAAAAUGAAAACUCGGUCCCUUAAUAAAUUAUGCGUUCAUGCAUAGUUCGAUCGGCGAAAUUACUAGCGACACGCUUGAUCAUUCGAGAUCUAAACAAAAAAGUAAAAAAUAAAAAAGUAAAAAAAAAAAACCAACACGCGGUUAUAUCGAUAUAUAAAUAUAUAUAUACAUAUGCAGAUACACCAAUAUGUAUAUACAUAUGCUACUUAUGAUGUAAUUACGUGAGGAGAAUCUAACGUAAAUCUGAAGGUAGUUUAUUUUGUUGAGAAUCUUGGAAGGAAGACGCUGAGCUUAAACGAUAAUUCCCAACAAAGAAUGAUAAGGAGAAGUUAGUUUGGUUUU